UCUAACCCUUUCUACAUCCAGGUCUUGUACCUCUACAUCUCCAUGUUGGCUUUACGCCCCAAAUACUACUUUGUAUGGACAUUAGCCGAUGCCAUCAACAAUGCAGCUGGUUUCGGGUUUAAUGGCUAUAACACAGAUGGCACCCCAAAAUGGGACAGAAUAUCAAACUUAAGAAUACUCAAUAUUGAGUUCGCCACCAGCUUCAAGAUGUUCUUGGAUAACUGGAACAUUCAGACAGCACUUUGGUUGAAAAGAGUGUGUUAUGAGCGCUGCCCGUACAAUCCGACUGCGGCCACAUUCCUCCUCUCAGCCAUCUGGCACGGAGCUUACCCAGGGUAUUACCUGACCUUCAUCACAGGCAUUGUUGUAACAAUGGCAGCACGGGCA